CACAUUUGUACAACCUUAGAGCCUGCUCUUCCUGGGAAGAGCUCUUCCACUUCUCUUAUCAAAUUAUGUGGUCAUAUUGAUAUGGCGUGUAUUUUGUCUCAGAGAUGGUUGUCAGUUAAUUUGACAAACAGUCGAACCCCGCCCAAAGCAUGGCGGCAAACGGUGAAGACUCUGAGAGCGACACCAUCGAUCUGAAUCCUAGAGCGAGCCUUCGUCAAUCCUCCUAUAUUGAUCCCGCCACUGGCACACGGUUGAGCAAAACAUUUACCCUCCACAACUUCGACCGCCCCCACGCCUCCCACUACACCGUGGACGACACCACUCCUUUGCUGGGACAAAUCGAAGAAAUAAGCGCAAGUGGCUCUCAUACCAAUCAUGGCUCGUUGGUGUCAAAGAGCUUGGAAUAUGCGAGUCGAGUCAAAGAGUUCAUGCUCUCCGACACCGGAAAGGGAAUCUUUAAGUGCGCACUGGCGUACUUCUUGGGCAGCCUCGCCACAUUUGUUCCCAAGUUGAGCGAAUUGUUCGGCAGUCAGAAUUCGAAGCACAUGGUCGCCACCAUCACGGUGUAUUUUCAUCCGGCGAGAUCUCUGGGGAGUAUGUUGGAUGCUCUUCUGCUGGCAACAUCCGCUUUCCUUUACGUGGCCGUUGUGUCCCUCCUCAGCAUGACUACCGCUGCCUUUUUCGCAGAUACCGUCCAUCUUAUUGAGCUUGGACAUGCCCUUGUUCUGGUUGUCUUUGUAGGGGGUGGUCUCGGACUUGUCGGUUGGGUCAAGUUGAGGAAGAACGAUCCCUUGGUGAACAUAGCAUGCUCUCUGGCAUCUCUGAGCCUGGUCACCAUCCUCACCAAAGAGGGAGCCAUCCAAGCUGGUGACUACUCCUCGAAGUCCAUCUCGCAGAUCCUCAAGAUGAUCGUCGCUGGUGUGAUAGCCACCAUGCUCGUGUCUUUUUUGAUUUUCCCCAUCUCCGCCAGGCACAAGUUGAGGAAAAAUCUUCUUCAGGUAACUGACGCCCUUGCUGAUAUGCUUGCUUUGAUUACGAGCAGCUUCUUGUCCGGAGAUGAAGCAGAGCUGGAAGAUAGCGUCUUCCAGGGGAUUAGUGAGCAGCACAAAAAAUUGUCCGCCACCAUCCCACAGAAUUUGAAAGAAGCAAGAUAUGAACAUUACCUGCUGGGCACUGAGAGACAAGCCUUGAUUGAGGCUAGGCUAGCACAGUGCAUUCAGCGGAUAUCACAGAGCAUUGGUGGUCUUCGGAGUGCUGCAGCCAUGCAGUUUGUCGUUAACAAGCAACCCGCCUUUGGUUCUGCGCAAUUCGCUGCAGAACAAACUGCAACACCACGCUGGUUGGACUCUAUGGAGAGUUCUAAAAUCAUCACGGGGGAACGAGACUUGUUGAACUAUUUUACACCACCCUCGCCCGUGCAGGUAUCGGUCAGGCCGCUGACUGGGUCGCUGUCGGGCCAGACACAUCCGCCGUUUCGAUCGCCCGCGCAAAUAUUUGAGCUUUUCAUUCAAAACCUUGGCCCUUCCAUGAGGUCUCUGGCUUUCACCCUGAAGGAAAUACUGGAUGACUUCCCCUUUGAUGCCUCGAAGCGUUAUGCCGUCGCCACCAACCCCAAAUUCAAAUCGAGCCUUGAUCGAGCGUUAGAGUUGUACAAAGAGUCUCGACAAGAUUCAAUCCUUGUUGUAUAUGGUCAGAAGGAUAUGGAUCGAACUCGGCCAAUGGCUGUCCAAGCAGACUGGGAGGAUGCCGCUGCCUGUUGUGGCCACUUUUCCUUCUCUUUGGUUGAAGUGGCUGAAUCCGUGAAAGAGUAUUUGACCAUCCUUGACGAGCUACAACUCGAGGUUGACGAGCACCCUGCUGGGAAGACUUGGAAUUGGCUCAAGUUUUGGCGCUCGCCAUACAGUCAAGCGGAGUUGGCCGGGCUCGAUCCCGAUUACGCCAAGUUGGCCAAAGGUUCGGAUGAACUCGACGUCAAGUUUAGCGACAAGCAACUCAAGGUAUCUCGGCAGCAUGAUGUGCCCCAGUGGCCUGAUCAACCUCGCUUUAAACAACUAUUUUUCCGCUACCUCUACGCUGCAGCCUCUUUUCUUCGACGCGACGAUAUUAGAUUUGCAAUCAAGGUCGGACUGGGCGCCAUGUUAUAUGCACUUCCAAGUUUUAUCCCCUCGACCCGCCCAUUAUACCAGCACUGGCGAGGGGAAUGGGGCCUAGUAUCUUAUAUGCUUGUGUGCAGCAUGACAAUCGGGGCGGCAAACACGACAGGCUACUCGCGGGUGCAGGGAACCUGUCUUGGAGCUGUUCUCGCAGUGGCCGCAUGGGAGUUGUCACAUGACAACCCCUUCGUCCUGUGCCUGUUCGGGGUUUGCAUGGCGUACUGGACCGCGUACAUGAUCAUUGGGAAGGGCAAAGGCCCGAUGGGGCGGUUCAUCAUGCUGACAUACAAUCUCAGUGCCUUGUACGCGUACAGUCUCGCUGGUCGUGACGACGAAGAUGAUGGAGAUGAAGAGGACGCGGCGAAGAAUCCUUUGAUCCUUGCCAUAGCCGGACAUCGGGUGGUUGCAGUCAUAUCCGGUUGUAUCUGGGGAUUGAUCAUUACGCGCGCUGUCUGGCCCAUAUCGGCCAGGCAAAAACUGAAGGAUGGCCUUGCACUCCUGUGGCUUCGUAUGGGCCUGAUCUGGAAGAGGGAUCCACUGGCCACACUGACCGAGGGUGUUCCUCCAGAUCGAUAUAUGAAUCUGCGCGAGGAAUUCUACCUGCAAAGAUUCCUGGCUAAGCUCCAGGGCCUGGCAGAGGCUUGCAAAAGCGAAUUCGAGCUCCGGCGCCCGUUCCCGCAUGAGAUCUACGGUCGGAUCCUUAAGAGCACCGAACAGAUGCUUGAAUCGUUUCACGCAAUGAACGAGGUGAUCCUCAAGGAUCUGAACACAUCCCCCGGAGAGGAGGCACUGUUGAAGGCCACCGCCGAUGAACGAGCACAGCUGUGCCGGCGCAUCAGUCACUUGUUCAGCGUUCUUGCGAGUUCCAUGAAGUUGGAAUAUUCCAUCACGAGUGACGCGUUGCCUAGCAUUGAAAAUACGCGGGAUAGGCUCCUGGCAAAGAUUUUCGAGUAUCGGCAGAGUGACGCGCAGGAACAAAGGACUAAAGAUGAGGACUACAGUCUCCUGUACACGUAUGCCCUGGUCACAGGCCAACUAAGCCUCGGGAUACAGGAUGUACUGAAAGAGGUAGAAAGUCUCUUUGGCGUCCUUGAUGAAGAGGCGUUACGGCUUCAAUAGCACGGGGUAAUUUUGAGCUGUCCACGAACCGAAUACAUCAUCGCCUGUUGUACUGAGUACUAAAUUCGCUCGGCUGGCGCUCCUUCUGUUGUCGACCCCCAAAAGUCGUUUCUCAAAGCCAAGCCGUGCUCAAUGCCCAAUUUUGUAGCUGCG